GGGGCCGCAGGCUCCUCCUCGCCCGCGGAGGCCGGAGGUGCGGCGGCACCGCCCGGCUCCCACUCAUCCGAAACUUGAGCGCCGCGGUGCGCGCCGCCGCCGAGGAUGAGGAGGUGCGGCCGCUCCUGCGGGCCGCCGCCGUCGCUGCUGCUGCUGCUCCUGCUGCUGCUCCCGGUGCCCGGCGCCCGCGCGGCGCGGCGCUCGGCGCUGUACUCGCCCUCCGACCCGCUGACGCUGCUGCAGGCGGACACGGUGCGCGGCGCCGUGCUGGACUCCCGGAGCGCCUGGGCCGUGGAGUUCUUCGCCUCCUGGUGCGGACACUGCAUAGCCUUCGCCCCCACGUGGAAGGCGCUGGCCAGCGACGUCAAAGACUGGAGGCCGGCGCUGAACCUCGCUGCCCUGGACUGUGCCGACGAGAACAACAGCGCUGUCUGCAGAGACUUCAACAUCCCCGGCUUCCCGACCGUGAGGUUCUUUAAGGCCUUUUCUAAGAAUGGCUCCGGAGCAACGUUGCCAGUGGCACGGGCGGAUGUGCAGACCCUGCGCGAGAGGCUCGUUGACGCCCUGGAGACCCAUCGUGACAUGUGGCCCCCAGCCUGUCCCCCACUGGAGCCUGCCAAGCUGGCGGACAUUGAUGGAUUCUUUGCAAGAAACACCGAAGAUUACCUGGCCCUGAUCUUUGAGAAGGAAGGCUCCUACCUGGGUAGAGAGGUGACUCUGGACCUGUCCCAGCACCGAGGCAUAGCGGUGCGCAGGGUCCUGAACACGGAGGACAGCGUGGUGAGGAAGUUUGGUGUCACCGACUUCCCGUCUUGUUACCUGCUGUUUCGGAACGGCUCUGUCUCCCGAGUGUCCGUGAUGGUGGAAUCCAGGUCCUUCUACACUGAUUACCUGAAGAGACUGUCUGGGCUCACCAGGGAGGCUGCGAGGACCGCCGUCACGCCCACCACUGCUCGCACGGUGGCUCCCACCGUCUGGAAAUUUGCAGAUCGCUCCAAGAUCUACAUGGCUGACCUGGAAUCUGCGCUGCACUACAUCCUGCGGGUGGAAGUGGGCAAGUUCUCGGUCCUGGAGGGGCAGCGCCUGGUGAACCUGAGAAAGUUUGUGGCGGUGCUGGCCAAGCACUUCCCUGGCUCGCCCUUAGUCCAGAACUUCCUGUACUCCGUGAACGACUGGCUCAAGAGGCAGCAGAGAAAGAAAAUUCCCUACGGUCUCUUUAAAACUGCUCUGGACAACAGGAAGGAGGGUGCUGUUCUUGCCGAGCGGGUGAACUGGGUCGGCUGCCAGGGGAGUGAGCCGCAUUUCCGUGGCUUUCCCUGCUCCCUGUGGCUCCUCUUCCACGUCCUGACCGUGCAGGCAGCUCGGCACAAGGCGGACCCUCCGCAGGAGGCAGCCCAGGCCCAGGAGGUCCUCCAGGCCAUCCGGGGCUACGUCCGCUCCUUCUUUGGCUGCCGGGACUGCGCUGACCACUUCGAGCAGAUGGCUGCUGCCUCCAUGCACCGGGUGGGGAGUCUGGAUGACGCCGUCCUCUGGUUCUGGUCUUCCCACAACAAGGCCAAUGCUCGCCUAGCAGGCGCCCCCAGCGAGGACCCCCACUUCCCCAAGGUGCAGUGGCCGCCCCGAGAACUCUGCUCGGCCUGCCACAACGAGCUGACGGGGCCACCCGUGUGGGAUGUGGCCGCCACCCUCAGCUUCCUCAAGGCCCACUUCUCCCCAAGCAACAUCGUCCUGGACGCCCCUCUGGCCGGGCCGGCCCCCCGGAGUGGCACGCAGAACCUGGCAGCCAGCCCAAAGCUGGCGAUGGAAGCCCUGGAGCUGGAGACUGGGAAUUCAACUCUGGGCCCUGACAAGGCUGAGGCGGCCACGUCCCCGGGAGCCACCGUCCCAGAUGUCCCCGCUGCCGAGAGACCUGAGGCCAGUCGCACCCCGGAGCUGCACGCCAGCUCGGAGGGGCAGCGUGCGCCCGAGUCCAGGGCAGAGCUGUGGAGGGGUGAGGAGCAGGGGCAGCCGCCGGAGCUGCGGCACCUGAGCAAGCGAGACGCAGGGGCUGCAUCGCUGGCCGAGCUGGGGCCCGAGAAGAGCGGCCCCGGGGGCCCUGGAGGGCCGAGGAGGAUAGGCCGCAGCUCCAAGCAGCUGGCGGACGUCGCUGCCUGGGAGCUGGAGGCCCGAGCACCGCAGGGCCGCGGCCCGUGGCUGCAGGUGCUGGGAGGGGGCUUCUCCCACCUGGACGUCGGCCUCUGUGUGGGGCUCUACGCCCUUUCCUUCGUGGCCCUGCUGGGCUUGUACACCUUCUUCCGGGCCAAGAUGAGGGCCUCGAAGGGCCCUGCUGGCCACCCUGCAGCCUGAACCGCUCGGCUAGGGAGGGGCUGGAGCAGGAGCUGCCACCCACGGGGCUCUUCCAGCGCCCUCCCCUGCCCUCCCCUCCCACCCCUUGCUCCUGCCCAGCCUAGAAGGGUGGGAAACCCAGGAAAACCAGUGGCUCCAGUGAACCGUCUUGGGUCUGUUGGGACGGAGAGUCCCAUAGACACUCAAGAUAGGAACAGGGUCCAGUUCGUCUGACAGCACUGAGCAGGGCAGCCCAGGCAGAGAGCUUGGGCAGCCUCAGCCACUGGCCUCUGGGCACCAUAUCCCUAUUUUUCAGCUUAUUUGAAGUCCUGCCCCCUCCUCACUGGAGCCUCAAUCUCUCCUGCUUGGGCUGGACCCUCAAUUGGGGCAGGUGAAGCCAGAAGACGGCCCCCCGGGCGGGGGCACUGGAGUGGAACUCCUCACCACACUCCAGGCUCCGGCCACCCUCUCCCCUUCUGGACACAAAGAGGCCUCAGCACCAAAGAAGGACAGACCCCGCUGGCCCUCUGUGACCUGCCCAGCCUCCAGUGACACAGAGCCCCCUGGUGGGAUUUGGCUGUGGGGGUGGGGGAGUCUGGAAGCUUCUGGGAAUCAUGCUGGUGUCCCAGGUGCCACAGGUGUUAGCCGCUGGGCCGUGGGGGGAGUGGCUUGGCGGGACCUGGUGUGAGAGCUGGCGAGGUGGCACCGGGAAGGGGCUUGGGGUCUGCGGUGCCUCGGCUCUGGGCUCAGCCAGCCGAGAGGCAGAGGGAGGCCAGCAGGAAGAGGUGGCCACGUCCAAUGUGCUUUGGCUUCUCCCCAGUGAGCUGCACCCUCUCUGAGCUGGGUCUUUCGUCUUUUUGUUUUGGUCUCCAAAGUAGAUGCUAAUGUUUGGCUGCGGAGGGUGCGGGGCUGAAGAUAGCAAGGGGGGGCGUCGUCCCCAGGUGCCACCUCCCAGCGCGGAGGUCAGGAGGGCACAAGGGGAGCGCAGCCCAUACACACGCAGGAUUCCCACUCUACGCCACUGCUUGGUAGCCUUGUGGAAUAAAUUAUUUUUGUGAAGGCAA